AUGCCUGCAUCAUUUGCCAGAAUCCACAAGCGGCAUGCCUACAGUAAAGAGGGCCACACAUACUAUCCGGUCCUAGUAGUAGGCGCCGGAGAGUCAGGGAUAGCCAUGGGUUGUCGCUUAAAAGAGGUUCUGGGAACAGACCAGUUUCGAAUCUUUGAACGUCAGUCAGGCAUCGGGGGUACUUGGUGGAUCAAUCGGUAUCCAGGGGUUGCUUGCGACAUCCCAGCUGCGUUUUACUCAUUCUCUUUUUGUCAAAAGAAAGACUGGUCCACGCUGCAUCCCACCGGCUCAGAACUGGCACAGUACUUGGCGGAUGUCUGUGAAAAGUAUGAGAUCGUGGACAAGAUUCAAUUUAACACCGAUGUCAAGGAACUUCGAUGGAUCGAAGAAGACGAGGAGUGGGAAGUUACACUCUUACAUCUUGUCCCUGGAACCGGUGAUUUAGCCCAACAUGAAAAAGAUCGCAUCGCAAACGAGGAAGGCCAGCACGCCGUCUACGUGAAGAAGGAGAUUGUUCGAGCUAAAGUGGUUGUCAGUGGUGUUGGCGGCCUGGUUGAACCCAACAAGACACCGAAAGACAUCCCUGGGUUCGAAAACUUUGAAGGUGAAAUAAUGCACACGGCUCGCUGGAACGACCAAAUAGAUCUCCGCAACAAGGAUGUUAUCAUUGUUGGCUCUGGCUGCAGUGCCGCGCAGGUCGUGCCCGAACUAGCUAAACCAGAAGCGAAUGUCCGAUCCAUCACCCAACUCAUGCGCACUCCCCCAUGGGUCCAGCCCGAUCUGAUUCCUCCCAAAUUCCUCGCUACGUACGAGAAAUGGUCUCCCAGAUUAAUGACCCGCGUGCCCGGACUAUCAAAUCUAAUGCGCGGUGCUCUUUUCCUAAUGCUCGAGAAGACCUUCUUCGAUUUAUUCGCCGACUCAGCCUGGAGCAGACGGUCGCGACCGAAGAUGGAGAAGGCCUUUUUGGAACAUAUGCAGGCCACUGCGCCGAAGGAAUACCAUGAGGUUCUAACGCCCAACUACAGUCUCGGCUGUAAGAGACGCAUUAUUGACGGUACCUGGUAUCGUGCUCUCAAUGCGCCAAAUGUAGAAUUGACUACCCAAUCUCUGACCCAUGUCCACGCAAAAAGCGUAACUAUUGGACCGGGAAGCCAUUACCCGUCCAACAAGUCUGAAACAGAGGAGGCCAGGGAGAUUCCCGCAGAUGUGAUCAUUAUGGCCAAUGGGUUCGAAACCAAUCGAUGGCUGCACCCGCUGAAGGUCAUCGGCCGACAAGGCAAGGAUCUGGAAGAGAUCUGGGCUGAGCGUGGAGGUGCGCAGGCCUAUCAGGGUAUAGCGAUGGAUUCAUUCCCGAAUUUCUUCAUGAUCUUCGGCCCCAACACGGCGACUGGGCACACAAGUGUGAUUUUCGCAACAGAGAAUGCUGUCAACUAUUCGUUGAGAUUUAUAAAGCCAAUUUUGAGUGGCCGCGUCAGUUCGUAUGAGGUUACUGAGAAAGCUGAGCGUGAAUGGACCCGUCAGGUGCAGGAUACGUUGCAGAAGACGGCGUUCCGGCGUGGGCUGUGCUCAAGUUGGUAUAUCACUGAUGAUGGUUGGAACUCAACCGCCUAUCCGUGA